AGAGAGAGGGAUAGAGAGAGAGAGGGAGAUUAAAGGAAUUCUUACAGCUCCACAUCAAGCACAUGGGAGGAAGCUCUGAACAUCGCGAGGAAUUUGAACAUGCGAGCUGAACACUGAACGGAACAGGGACGAUGUUAACGGUACCAUUUGAAGAGCCAGAUAUGAUGCGCGAGUCUCAGUUUGGUGGCACGUUCACGCGUCAGGAAGACGUCCGGACACUCAACAGCGCCGAGCUCAAGGAGGCAGAGGACGACAACACGGACAGGGAGGAGGAGGAGAGAGAGGAGGACGAAAACGGGCUGCCGAAGAAGAAGGGUCCCCGCAAAAAGAAAUCCGAGGGACGCGGUGACCGAGUCAAAAUGCGUCGCCAGGAAGCAAACGCGCGCGAGCGCAGCCGCAUGCACGGCCUCAAUGACGCGCUCGAAAGCCUGCGCAAAGUCGUGCCGUGCUACUCCAAAACGCAAAAACUCUCCAAGAUCGAAACCCUGAGGCUGGCCAAGAAUUACAUUUGGGCUCUGUCUGAGACUUUGAGUGCGGGAAAGCGACCUGAUCUGCUCGCGUUCGUGCAAACCCUGUGCAAAGGCUUGUCUCAGCCCACUACCAACUUGGUCGCGGGCUGCCUCCAGCUGAACGCCCGAAAUUUCCUCACAGAUCAUAACGGGGACGUGUCCUUCUCUGGCAGGCCCGCGUACGAUUCCCUGUACCCGUACCCGAACGCUGAAAUGGCCACGCCCACCGGCCUCAGCUCUGGGACGCGGGAAAGCGUCAAACCGUUCCGGCCCUACAACUAUUACGCGUCCUACGAGUCCUACUACGACAGCGCCUCUCCAGAGAGCAGCAGCCCUCACUUCGACGGCCAAAUGAGUCCUCCAAUUAAUUACAACGGGAUUUUCUCGCUCAAAAAACACGACGAGCAAGUCGAGUACAGUAAGAACUGCCAUUACGGGAUGAGAUACUGUAACGUUCCCGGCCGGGGCUCCAUGUACCGCGUUUCCCCAGACAGCCAUUUUCCUUAUGACUUACAUCCCCGCAGCCAGUCGUUCCAGAGCCAGGACGAAUUAAAUACGGGUUACCAUAAUUAAAAGCGAGCAUAGGGGUUGGAUGCCAGCUACACUAAUCUGUUAAUUAAUUAGUGCUUGUUGCUGAUUGUUUUUUGCUUUGUUUUUUUGGCACGUUUGAUUUCAUCAUAUUUGGAAGUACUGUAAAAAUCAAUGCUAUUUAUUUCCGACUGCAUAGGUCGCUCGAGGCUGUUUGGUAGGCCGAUUACAAUCAAUUACACGAAGGAAGGUGGGAAUCGCAUUCUGAAGCAUAACUCGUGGCAAUGGAUUUAUUCGUGUGUUACAUGAAACACAAAAUCAUGAUAGCAAUAAUGGAACUAUGCAACACAGUGUGUGACAUAUAUUGCCGUGCAGACGUGUAAAUAGCCUGAUUGUGUGAAUUUUAUUCUUCAGUGUCUUUGAACUAUGGGUAGCGACUCGCCACCAUCCUCACUGAUUCUGCGUAUAAUGUCAACAAGAAAACUAUUGUGAUUUUGCCAUGUGGAAAUGCUUUUUUUCCCUCUGUUUAUUUAUUCACUGAGCUAACUUCGAUCAGCUUGUCGAAAUAAAUCUUGAAUGUGA